AUGGCGGCAGCACCAUUUAUAAGGAGGCGACAGGUAGGUCGACUGCACCAUCAAGCCGAAAGAGACAUGGACCAGAUAUAUACGGACGACGAAACCAGUGAUAGACGACAAGCCACUCGAGGCUCCACUGCCACGACAACCCGACGAUGCUCACGACAUGUCCCGGGCCCUGCUGCUACCGCCGUUGCCGCCCAUGCUGCCGCAGCUGCCGCCGCUGCUACAGCAACACACAACUCCACGCCUGACGAUGAGACGCAACCGUCGAAAAAGGUGAAGCUGGACGGAGUUCGUACGUGGGCUCGAAGUCGCUCGCUGCCCAUCAUUGACCGAGAAGCCAGUGCCACGGCCUCAGCUUCUGCUGCCGGUCAUGUGACCCACAUGAACCAUGUGAUUAGUCAGCCCACUGUGAACCACUUCAACCCCGCCUUUAACGGCAACAGCUUUGGUGGUAGCAAGCGAAAGCGGGAGGAGGAAGCCGUUUCUCCCGUUGCUGCCUCCGCAGCACCUACGAAAAUUAGUAACAGUAACACUCGACCUGCAUCUGCUGCCCCGUUUGGCAGUAGCACCAAAAUCUCUGCAGUUAAGCCUGCCACAAAGAGCUCUACUACAACAACUGCCACCGCUCCUCUGCCACCAGUAAACAUCAACUCGCUGCGGGAAAUCGAUCUUGCCGAAAUCUUCAAAAACCCCCGCCUGCGCCACGACAUUGUGUUCGAUCCUCAACUGCAGUUCCGCCCCAAUUUGGACGGCGAGCGAGGCAAGAGAAAGCGACAAAGCACACAGCGAUAUUGGGACGGUAUUACCGCUGAGGUUGAGGGAGUGUGGGCCGCAGCCGACUCUGCUCAGCCAUGCACCUCGCAUUUUGGCACCCUCACAACUCUCUUCACUACUCUGCGACAGGUGCUGGUGUCUCUGCUGCCUGUCAAGGACCGCGAGACAAUCGAAUCUGACCUGGACUCAGACCUAGUGCAGCAGCAGCUGUGCCACCACUGCUUUGACUUUGUGUCCUUUUCGCACUGGCUCAGCAACGUGUUCAAGGCGCACUGUGCGCCUAUGCGAGACAGCUGGGUCGACCAGAUGGUGGUGCGCAUCAACGCUGGCUGGAAGGAAAAGAACAGUCGUAAACUUACCGAGGGAUUGCGGAUGAUUUUUGCCAUUUUAGAGGCCAUGAAGCUCGACGUUGCAAACCACCAGAUCCGGUCACUUCGACCCAUUCUGGUGGACACUGCUGUAGACUUUGAGCAGGACUACUAUGAGCAGGUGGUGGAAAAGCGACGGUUCGACAUUGCCAGCAGCUGCCAGUGGUUUGCUGCUGCCGCUGCAUCGACCGAACGACCCGCCGCUGCGGGCGCCACCAAGCACUACAAGACCGCCCUCAUUGGCGCAGUGACCCAGCUCAUCACGUGCAGUAGCAGUGACUUCCCCGCCACCUUUGGCUUUGACUUUGCUCGUCUGUCGGCCUUCCGAUCUGACCUGCGCCAGCUGGUCUGCCUGCAGCUGUGCUCCAUGUUGCUUCAGCAAUUGGUGGCCACCCGUGGUGAUGCUAAGGCCAAGAAGCUGGUUGCCGAUGCCGAGUACCAGUCCAAGCUCAAGACGGACUGCCUGGCUAUCGUUCUGAGCAGCAGUGGAAACAGCAAGUGGACCAAGAACGUGUCUGGCCUUGCUCUGGAACUCGCCAAGCGUGUGGAGGCGGUAGUCAACGAAAAACCCGCGACUCUGCCCUCGACUGAGCUCACUUCUCUGGCCUCCAACUGGCUCACAAACAACAUUCUCCCUUCGUCAGCCAUGUACAAACUGGUGGAAAAACGGCUGGUGAAGGAGAUUGUGACUGGUGUGGAAAUUCGAAUUCUCGACACCUCUGCUGUCUCUACUAACUCUACUUCCACAGUCACUCCUCUCAUUGAAAAACUCUCUCUUUUGACAAAGUUCCACUGGGACGUCUUUUCAAAAUAUUAUAUUGCAUAUGUCGAGUCUGCCAAAUAA